AUAAAAGGGCCCGCCGGCUCUCGGUCUGGACACAAGCGAUCUCACCACCGCAGCAGCAGCACCCAGUGUAAUAAGCUCUCAAGCGGCGGCAGCAGCAGCGUUACACAGCCAUGUGGAAGGUCGCAGUUUCCGCACUGUGCUUCGCCGUCCUGGCGAACGCCGGUAACAUUGGAGGUGGAUUUGGCGGCGGCGGCUUCGGUGGUGCCGGUUUUGGUAGAGGCGGUGCCGGUGGUGGCGGUUUCGGCGGACACCACGGUGGUGGCGGCUUCGGUGGUCACCACGGCGGUGGUGGCUUCGGCGGAGGCCUGGGCGGCGCUGGACUCGGUGGUGGACUCGGCGGCGCUGGACUCGGUGGCGGCCUCGGCGGCGGUGGCCUCGGAGGAACGAGCUUCACUGUCCACCACGGAGGUCACCACGGCGGUGGCGCCGGCGGCGGCUACAGAGGUGGAUUCGGCGGUGCAGGCGGACUUGGUGGAGGAUAUGGCGGAGGUCUUGGCGGAGGUCUCGGCGGAGGUCUCGGCGGGGGUCUUGGCGGUGGUUACCUCGGAGGCGCCGGCGGUGCUGGCGGCCGUGGAUACUACGGAGGCGGUGGUGGAGGCGGAGGCUACAGGGGCGGCUACGUCGACGAGACUCCCAAGCCAUACAACUUCGGCUACGCCGCUCAGGGGCCCGACGGUUCCAGCUCACGCCAGGAGGCGGGUGACGGUAGCGGCCGCGUCCAGGGAGUCUACACCAUCAGCACGGAGGGCGGCCAGAGGAAAGUGAAGUACUCUGCCGACGCCGGCGGAUUCCGCGCCAUCGUCGAGACCAACGAGCCCGGAACCGAGAGCGACAGCCCCGCCGACGUGAACCUGGUGUCGUCGCAGCCACCCGCGUCCCAGCUGGCGGCCAAGUACGGACCUACCGGACCUUCUGCGUACGGCGGAGGCCGCGGUGGAUACGGUGGCGGAGCCGGCGGCUACGGCGGCGGCGCGUACCGUGGUGGAGCCGGUGGAUACGGAGGUGGUACUGGCGGCUACGGAGCUGGAGGAUACGGUCUUGGUGGAGGUCUAGGCGGAGGUCUCGGAGCCGGCUUCGGCAAGGGAGGAUUCGGUCGCGGCGCUGGAGGUUUCGGAGGCGGUCUCGGAGGCCUGGGAGGUGGAGCUGGGGCCUUCGGUGGUCAUCACGGCGGCGCCGGUGGUCUCGGAGGAUUCGGAGGCGCUGGUGGCUACGGUGGUGCCGGUGGCUACGGUGGCGCCGGUGGCUACAGAGGAGGUGCCGGUGGAUUCUUGGGCGGAGCCGGCGGAUACCGCGGCGCCGGGGGCGCCGGGAAGUACGGCGGUGGUGCCGGUGGUGCUGGCGGCGGCUGGCAAUGGUGAAAAUGAAGAAGCCCGUAUGUGUCUGUGCUAGACUUUGUGUGCGCGUGCAUGAGGACGUGCUUGCAGUCGUCGUCGUUGUGUCCUUGUCCCCCUACUGUACGUGUACUGUGCUUCGUUCGUGUGCGUGGGAGCGGGGUCAGAGCUUUCGGAGAGCCCCCGCAAGCAGGGUGCUUCACGUCGUGGUGUAUGGAUAAAUGUGGUGUGGUCCUUUUGUUUUGUUCGCUGCGUUUAGGAAAUAAACGUUACUUGUUGACAAAAACAACAAA